AUGUCGUUCAAAACAAUUAUAAUAUCAUAUCUUAUAGGUGGGCUAACUUUACCGCCGUUAUUGAUAAUUGCUGCUUUAUAUUUAUAUUAUACUGUUCUGCCGCGCUAUGUGGAUGAUGAUGAAAUUGAUGAUAAAGAUGAUGACUUGUCAGAAUUUACUACAAAUGAAUAUGAAAACUUGAAAAUGACAGAGGUAGAAGAGAAGCAAACCAGUGGAGUCAAAGCGUUCAAAUCAGGCUGGCUCACAGUUACCAGGGAAUAUCAUACUUUUGUUAAUAAUGCAAAUGAUAAACAAUUGGAAGGCAAAGAACCUGAAACUAAAUCCGCUUAUUCCUCUCUAUACAGACUGAUGAAGAGUAACAAGAAACAAGCUCAACAAAGUGAAGCUGGUGAUGAUAGUGCUUCGUCUGCUACUGGUGAUAAAGCUACAAAGAAAAUUGUUCGUCGUAAAAACAGAUAUUUUGGUGUAUUGAGACAUGGUAAUUUAUUCCUUUAUAAAGAUGAUACUCAACAAGACGUUCAACAUGUCAUUGUGUUAUCAAAUAAUAUUGUCACUUUAUGGCCGAGGGACCUGGGUGACGCUGAAUUAUUUACCAAAAGAAGUGCCAUUUGUAUCUUGAAAAGACAAUCAAGAAGAAAAUCGGACUUACCACCAAAAGAAUCAAGUGCUUCGUUGAGAAAUAAUGAAGUUGGUGUUGAAUCAACUAUAGAUAUUUUAAAAUCAGGUAUUAUCCCACCCAAAAAUAAAGGAUUUUUCAUCUAUUGUGAUACAAAUUAUGAAAAGGAAGAUUGGUAUUUUGAAUUGAUUAAAGCCACUAAGAGAGACAAUUUCCAACCAACCAACACUGAUUUGGACCUUGUUGAACCUUCUAUUUAUGCUAAUGCUCUACAUUUCAAAACUGCUGAUAUUAUUAGUUUGAUUCAAACUUUACAUUCUUCAGAAGGUCAGUUACAAACACGUUGGUUAAAUGCCUUAAUUGGUAGAAUUUUCCUAAGUGUUCAAUUCACAGAAUAUUUCCAUAACGUUGUUCAUGUCAAGCUGUUAAAAAAAUUGACCAAGAUUAAUAAACCUGGAUUUUUGGAUGAAAUUAGAAUUACUAAAGUUGAUGUUGGUAACGCAGCUCCAUUUAUAAGUUUCCCCAAAUUAAUAGAAUUAAACCCAGAUGGUAGUUUAAAGCUGGGUAUGAAAUUUUCAUAUACUGGUAAAAUUUCAUUACAGGUUGCUACAAAGAUGAAUUAUUUCAAAUCAAGAGAGGUGAGUAUCUUAUUAGCUGCUACAAUCAACAAAAUUGAAGGACCAAUGAUUGUUCAUGUUAAACCACCUCCUUCAACAAGAAUUUGGUAUACUUUUGAAACUAUGCCAACUGUGGAAAUGGAUAUUGAACCUGUUGUCUCAGAUAAGCAAAUUACUUCUAGCAUGAUUAGAAAAAUGAUCGAAGGUAAGUUUAAAGAUGGUAUUAAAGAUUCUUUGGUUUUGCCUCAUUGGGAUGAUAUCACAUUCUUCAAUACUUCUGAAGAAAUUUAUAGAGGUGGUAUUUGGGAUACAACCAAAAGACCAGAUGACAAUGAUACAGCUGUUGCUUCUGAGGCUGAAAAGGCUGAGAUUUUGAACGAAGAAGAUGAUUUGUCAGUAGAUGUUGAUUUAACAGAAACCAUAGAUUCAGAUUCAAAAUCUGACAUCAUUAAGUUGGAAUCUGAUAUUACAGAUUCAAAAUCACCAAAUUUUGAACCAAGAGAUAAUAAUGAUGAUUUUAGCUCACUAAGAUCCAGAAAUACUACUGCUUCUGGUACAGUGAGAUCUAGAGGCUCAUUCACAAACUCUAUAUCAAGUGGUAAAAAGACAACACCUUCAAUUGUUACAUCUAGUGAACAAUUUUUAUCCAAUGGAGAUUAUGUCUCUAAAGACAUAAGUGCCCCAUCCUCACCUGUGAAAGAGGCAAAAACAUUUACUGCUUCAACACUUAAUAAAUCAGAAGAAACAUUAUCUUCAGAAAAAGAAAAAUCAUUUUCAAGAAGUAAUACAAUUCAAAUUUUGUCAGAAGAAGCUAGUGCAUCUAAGAAAACAAUUCAAAAUUCAAUCAAAAAAAUUGGUAAAUGGUAUAAUGAUAAGAAUCGUAAUGGAUCAUCAGCAACUUUUAAACACCAAGAUGAUGAAACUUCAUCAUCACCAUCAACAACAACAAAACCUUAUACACCACCAGAAAUGAUCCAAUCAAGAAGAAAAGCUCCAAGUACCAGUGAAGGUUCCAAAAGACAACCAAGAAGAACAACCAGUACAAAUACACUGAACUCUCAAGAUAGUGGAAGCAUGAAAGCAGCACCACAAGCUCAUACAUUCCCUGCUGAGUAUCUGUCAGGCUUGGAACCAUCAGCACCUGAUUCACAAUCAAGUGCAAGGCAUGUAUUACCACCAAAAAACUUAGAAAUGAAAUCACCAUAUGAGUCAAUGGGCCCAUCAUUUGCUUCACCAGUCUCGCCACCAAAGGAGACAUCACCUACAUCACCAAACAAAUCCCAAUUUCCAAGAAGGAAACCAGUAUCAGAAGAUCACGCUGCUCAAGUUCCAUCUGAAGAUCAAAAACUUCCACCUCCAUUACCUGAAAGAACUUUACCAACUCAUGUUCAACAAUCAAACGUUCGUGAAGUUCCGUCAAGCUCAGAAUCACAUAUAACCAAUAGCUCAUUGGACACAAAAUCAUCUCUACCUCCACCAUUACCAGUCAGAGACUCUCUAUUCGAAAAAGUGGACUCUGCUGCUUUACCAGAAAAGAAAGAUGAACCCGAAAGCGGGAUCACAGUUGGUGAUCAUGAAGAUGACUUGAAAGAAGCAAUUGAAGCCAGUCUGCACGAGGAAGAUGCAAAAGAUCAGGCUGAUUUGUUAAAUGAAGAAUCUCAUAUUGAAGCAAAAGAUGAAUGA